AUGGUUCUUCACAACCCCAACAACUGGCAUUGGGUCAACAAGGAUGCUUCCGGAUGGGCCAAGAAUUAUCUGACCGAAAAUCUCCCUGCGGUUUCAGCCGAAGAGGAUGGUGUCACCGCAAAGGUGUCCAAUGUACUGACAAUGGAUGGCGACGUAGAUGUCAGCCAAAGAAAGGGCAAGGUCAUCACCUUGUUCGAUGUGAAGCUGCAGUUGGAGUAUGAAGGUAAGACUAAGGAAGAGGAGGCUGUGAGUGGGACUAUCACGAUUCCCGAGGUAGCCCACGACACAGAGGAAGAUGAGUAUGUCUUCGAGAUCGAAAACUACUCGGAUUCUUCCUCCAAGCAGCCCGUGAAGGAUCUUGUGCGCUCAAAGCUAGUCCCAAAGCUCAGGACGGAACUGGCCAAGCUUGCCCCUGCCCUGGUUGCUGAACACGGGAAAGAUCUCCAGCACGCCCCUGGUGUGAAUCCCUCCAGCGGAUUUACGAAGACGACAUCCUAUCCUCAAUCUACCAAGAAAGAAGUCUCGGCUCCCAAGACCGAGACUACAACCACUGCCGCCAAGGUUUCUGUCAACACCGCUACAGUGACUGCUUCAGAUGAAUUCCGUACAACUGCCGAGGAACUCUUCAAGACUUUCACCGAACCUGAGCGUCUUGCAGCUUUUACCCGUGGGGCGCCACGCCAGUUUGAUGGUGCUCACGUUGGUGGCAAGUUCUCGAUCUUCGAUGGCAAUGUCACCGGUGAAUUUGUGAAGCUCGACUCGCCCAAACUGCUGGUUCAGAAGUGGCGCUUGGCUCAGUGGCCUGCGGGUCAUUUCAGUACUCUCGAGAUCAACUUUGACCAGAACGACGUUGACGGUGUCACUCAAAUGCGUGUGUCAUGGGCCGGCGUUCCUGCUGGCCAGGAGGAUGUCACCAAACAGAACUGGGAACUUUACUACGUGCGGAGCAUCAAACAAACUUUCGGGUUUGGCACUAUUCUCUGA